AUGGCUGUCUUGAACUCGAAUUCAUGUCGCCGAACACUCCUUUUGCUCACCGCCGUCGCUAGUCUCGCAGUGGGGACCACCGUCGUCCCAGACACGACAAAAGUUCGUCAAGUAAUCUCGGCCUCGGAGAUCCAGAAAUGCGCACCUAUACAGCAACUCAGUGCCCUCAAGGUCGAACUCGAGGCGUUGCAAUCUCCCGUUAUGCGGCAGGUCUUCGCGUGGCUAUUCCCCUUCGGUCCUGGGUGGAAUUCUGUUCUAGGGACGUUCUACAUCAGCUCAGUCCCAAAUUUCAUCCUUGCGUUUAUUCCGGCACAGAUCAACCCUAAUACCCUGAAUACCAUGACGGCUUUCGCUACGGGAGGCCUUCUUUCCGACGUAUUCCUGCAUCUCGUUCCACACUCGUUCAUGGGAGAGCACCAGGACAACAACGUUCAUUUCGUCAUGGUCGAAGAGAAGAGAAAUAUUCUGAUCGGCCUUGGUAUUUUCGUAGGCUUCGCUUCCUUCUUUGUUAUGGAGAAGACCCUACGUGUUCUGGGGAGUGAAGACGACCACUCCGGACACUCUCACAAUCAUUCCUACGGCGAAAAGUCAACAGGAAAUGAGCCAGCUCGCUCAUCGAGCGUGUCACUGUCCAUGUCCGAGAGCGAAGUCAGAAAUCGCAGCAUGGAUAAGUCAGACGCCGUCGCUCCCUCAAAAUCCGCAGAGGAACCUGUACAAGCAGUUAAACAGUCAUCUAAAUUAUCUGCGUACCUUAAUUUAUUUGGUGACUUUGUUCACAAUAUCACAGAUGGUCUCGCUAUGGCCGCGUCUUUCUAUUCUUCCCCCCUCAUUGGCGCCACGACCACGCUAGCCUGCUUCGCGCACGAAAUUCCCCACGAGAUUGCCGACUAUUCCAUACUCGUGCGGAGCGGCUUCACGAAGCGGCAGGCUAUGCAGUCGCAAUUUCUGACUGCUGUUGGGGCAUUCGUCGGUACAUUCAUGGGCGUCGGAAUCCACAACCUGUCAGCUUCUGGCAACGUGGAUGCUGAGCCGUCGGACCUUGGCGCUGCAAUCCGACAAGCCGCCGCUGGGCUGCUGGGGACGACCGUCCAGUUAGCAGAUCUCGUGAUACCCUUCGUCGCUGGUGGGUUCAUGUAUAUCGGGGCUGUUGCUGUGCUCCCUACAUUAUUGGAAGAGAGCAAGAGCGGGAAGCAGGCACUGCGUGAGUUUGGGGCCAUGGCCUUUGGUGUCUUGUGCAUGUUUCUCGUUGCAUGGAACGAGUAG